CGAGAGGGAGUGGUUACUGAGCGUCACACUCAGUCUGUCUCCGCUCCCAAAUUCCCCAAACUGUCGCUGUCACAAAAACCUUAACGUCGUUUCGCAAACUGGCUCUGAGAGGGAGAAAUGAUAGUUCAUAGUUUUACGUUUGUCUAGCCAUGUCCAGCUCGUGCCGCCGGUCUCCCUGUACGGUUGUCAAGUCGAAAUCGAAAGGUCGUCUACGCGCGCGUGGGGCAUUUUAAAGUAGGAUUAAAUCAGAUUACUUGUUUCGGAUUUGUUAGGGGGAUAACAUCAAUCAAACAGACCAGGAAAGCUUGUGGAUAUCAUUCUGCUUCGGUGGAUUUGGAACUUUACUUUUGGAGAGCAGGAGUUUCUUCAGCUUCUCCAUCCGGGAAAAAAGGCACGUGAAGCACCUGGGCUGAAGAAGAGCUCGUGACAGUGAGUGAGUGAGUGAGAGAGCGCGCGCUCCCGCUAUAUGCUCCUUCACUGGACGAGAUGCGACUGCAGGUGCUCGCGCUUCUCCUCCUUUCUCUGGAACGAGCUGUUGCUCAAACCCAAGAAGUUUGCCCAGGAACCAAGAAUGGCCUGAGUUUUACAGAAAGCUCUGUGCAGCACUACAAUAACUUAAAGGAACGCUACAGUGGCUGUGAGAUCAUCAUCGGCAACCUGGAAAUCACCCUGAUGGAGCGCGACUUCAACUUCACAUUCCUUAGAACUGUUCGAGAAGUGACAGGCUACGUCCUCAUCGCUACAAACCAGUUUCGCCGGCUUCCUUUGGAGCAGCUGCGCGUGAUCCGUGGCAGCACGCUAUAUGAUAAGGAAUGGGCCCUCUCUGUCUUCCUCAACUUUGAUGGCCAGUACGGACUGGUGGACCUGGGCCUCACUCGUCUCACAGAGAUCCUGGAUGGAGGGGUGCAGAUUGUUAAUAAUAAAUACCUGAGCUAUGCUCCCUGGAUCAACUGGCAGGACAUUGUGAGAGACAGCAGUGCUCUCAUCGACAUCAGUGACAAUGGUCAAAAAGCGUCGUGUCAUCCUGACUGUGGUGGUUACUGCUGGGGUCCAAAUAAGGAUCAGUGUCAGAUCUUGACUAAGACUGUGUGUGCGCCGCAGUGUCACGGCCGCUGUUUCGGUCCCAGUCCUCAGCACUGUUGUAACACUGAAUGCGCAGGAGGCUGUACAGGGCCCAAGGAAACCGACUGCUUUGCAUGCCAGCACGUGAGCCAUUUGGGAGCAUGUGUGCCUCACUGUCCACAGUCACACAUCUACAACAAGCACACUUUCCAGCUAGAACCCAAUCCAGAUGCUAUGUACCAGUACGGUUCAAUCUGUUUGCAAAAAUGCCCCACUCACUUUGUAGUGGAUGGCAGUGCGUGUGUAAGUGCCUGUCCUCCUGAUAAAAUGGAAGUCGAGAAGAAUGACACGAAGCACUGUGAGCCAUGCAAUGGACUCUGCCCAAAAGUGUGUGAAGGCACAGAUCCCAGUAAGAGCAACAGACAGACAGUGGACUCCAGUAACAUUGACAGUUUCAUCAACUGCACAAAGAUUCAGGGCAGCCUACAUUUUCUUGUCAUGGGUAUUAAUGGGGAUGUCUAUAAUAAGAUACCUCCUCUAGACCCAGUGAAACUCCGAGUCUUCAGCACCGUAAGAGAAAUAACAGGAAUUUUGAAUAUUCAGUCAUGGCCUGGAGAGCUGAAGGAUUUAUCAGUAUUCUCCAAUCUUACCACUAUACGUGGAAGGUCUCUUCAACUACCCUUCUCUCUAUUGGUGAUGAAGUUGGACACUCUGACGUCUCUGGGUCUGCGUUCUCUGCAAGAGAUCAGCGAUGGCAGUGUGUACAUCAGCAAUAACACAAACCUAUGCUACCAGCACACCGUGAAGUGGCAGCAGAUCUUCACUGGCAGCGAAUUGAAACGCAGACGCCAGUUAAACGACAUCAAGUUCAACAAGCAGCCGAGCCAGUGUGAGGCUGACGGUCAUGUGUGUGACCCGCUGUGUUCGAGCUCAGGCUGUUGGGGCCCCGGACCUGAGCAGUGUCUUUCCUGCAGGAAUCACAGCCGUCAUUACACCUGUGUGGCCCAUUGUAACAUCUUCUCUGGGGAGCCACGGGAGUUCGCAGGUCCAUCAGGAGAAUGCCGUGCCUGUCAUCCUGAGUGUCUACCACAGGAGGGAAGGGAGACCUGCAGAGGAGAGGGAGCAGAUAAGUGUGUAGCAUGCGCUAAACUAAUGGAUGGUCCUCACUGUGUGUCCUCCUGCCCUCAUGGAGUAACGGGAGAAAGGGGACAGACCAUCUUUAAGUACCCAGAUAGUACAGGACACUGCCAACCCUGCCACCUGAACUGCACAAGCGGAUGCACCGGCCCGUCUUUAAGAGACUGUAUGGAGGCUCGUCUGGUGGCAGACAGUCCUCAUGUUGCAGCUAUAGUGAGUGGAGUGUUGGCCGGUCUCAUCGUGUGUUUGGCCGUUGUGGUGAUGGCAUUGCUGUACCGCCGUAGCCUGUCCAUCCGCCGCAAGAGAAAGCUCAGGAGAUACCUGGAGAGCGGCGAGAGCAUCGAGCCACUGGAUCCAGGUGAGAAAGGGACAAAAGUUCACGCUCGCAUCCUCAAAAGUUCUGAACUACGAAAGAGCAAACUUCUGGGAUCGGGAGUCUUUGGUACCGUUCACAAGGGUUUCUGGAUUCCUGAAGGAGACUCGGUGAAGAUCCCUGUCGCUAUAAAGACCAUCCAGGACCGUAGUGGGCACCAUGCUUUCACUGAGAUUACAGAUCACAUGCUGUCUAUAGGCAGUCUGGAUCACCCGUAUAUCGUGCGUUUGCUCGGAAUCUGUCCCGGACAAAGCCUGCAGUUGGUCACCCAGCUCAGUACUCACGGCUCCCUGCUGCAACAUCUGCGGCAAAACGCAAACAACCUGGACCCCCAGCGUCUCCUCAACUGGUGUGUGCAGAUAGCCAAGGGCAUGUUCUACUUAGAAGAGCAUCGCAUGGUCCACAGGAACCUUGCUGCUCGGAACGUUCUGCUGAAAAGUGACUACAUUGUGCAGGUUUCCGAUUUUGGCAUUGCAGACCUGCUCUAUCCUGAUGACAAGAAAUAUGUCUACAAGACUCCAAUUAAAUGGAUGGCAUUAGAGAGUAUUCUGUUUGGGAGAUAUUCUCACCAGAGCGAUGUCUGGAGUUACGGUGUGACAGUGUGGGAGAUGAUGUCACAUGGGGCGGAGCCGUAUACGUCCAUGCAUCCUAACGAAGUGCCGGGUCUGCUGGAGAAGGGCGAGCGUUUGGCCCAACCACAGAUCUGCACCAUCGAUGUCUACAUGGUCAUGGUCAAAUGCUGGAUGAUUGAUGAGAACAUCAGACCGACCUUUAAAGAGCUGGCUACUGAGUUUACCCGAAUGGCAAGAGAUCCACCCCGCUACCUUGUUAUCAAGAAAGAACAAAAUAGUACUGCAGCAGAGGAGAGUCAUCUGCGAGAGCCUAAGCUAGUGGAGGCUGAGCUUGAAAGUGAGGAUGAUGAGGUGUUGGAUGAUGGCUUCGCCACUCCUCCUCUCCACAUGUCUCCGUCCAGGAGUCACUCCCGCAUGCGCAUCGGCUCCUAUAGGAGCGCUUCAGGACAGUCUGUACCAGUGGGAUAUCUGCCCAUGACCUCAAGUACUGGGGAUGACUUCAGACAGGUGUGGCCCAAGAGGAACCGUAUAGGCUCAGCGAGAACCACGUCCGAAAGCUCAGAAGGCAGGGGCACUAUAGUGGACAUGGAAAUGUGUGAGAUCAUCUCUCAGACAGGAAGCCUACGCAGGGGACACAGCCGAGGAGACAGCGCAUACCUGUCCAAUUGUGUGUCUGUCACAUCGGACCCUUUUUCUUCAGGAAUAGAGGUGGAUGAGGAGGACCCAGAUGGGUAUAUUCUACCCAGAAGUGCCUAUAAUUCAGGAAGAGACGCUCUGGUGACUCAAUCCAGCUCCAGAGCCAGCCUUCGACACAUCCAGGCAUCGAGAAACAGCAAGAGUCAACCACACGCUAUCCCAGAUCCAUCGCAAGAGUAUGAGCUGAUGAGCAAACAACCUGCAGUACUCCUUCACUUACCGGGAGUCGGAAACGAUGGCGGCUCAGCCAAUCUACCCGUCUCCCGACAGUCUCCUUGUGCUGAUCUCGUGACCUGUAGUAGCAGCCUCUCACCACACGAGGUUGUGCAAAUGCACACGCCUGGCACUACUGCUGAAAAUGAGGACAAGCCUGUGCCAGUUCCAAAAAACAACACGGCACCGUCUGAUAAAGAGGCUUCUGAAGACAAUGCUGAUGUUGGAAUAGCUCUGGAGGAGGGGCAGCCACAGCAGGCUGUGGUUGAGUAUGAAUACAUGGACAUAAGAAAUGAAUCGAUGUCAGAGAAAGCCCACAGCAGCUCACAAGAGCCCAGAGAAGAUGCCAUCUACCAGAACACUCACGAGCUGUCUGCUCCUAAGGGGAACAACAGAAGGAGCCGGAAGGCGGACGAGGAAGCAGCCAUUACCGGGCAGCCGGAUGAAUACGAGGACAUGAACGUGUGUGGGAAGGUUCGUACUUCAGGAGCUCGGCUUGAGUACCAGAACUUUCCAGCCAAGGGGAGAAUGGUGUCAGGGGAAGAACCACACCGAGUUAAAAUGAGAGAUUUCGGAGGCGUGUGUGCAGGUGUGGAUGAAAAUGACAGCAGCACGUCUUUUGAUAACCCAGACUACUGGCACAGCAGACUUUUCCACAAACCUGAUGCUGUAUGCACAUAAACCAUCAUCGCAAUGCAUUCGAAUCCUGAACUGUGGCAGCUGGAUUGCUCACCAGAGACCUGAUCUCGUGUACGCUGUUCGUGUAAAAUGUGUACGCUGUUUUCAUACAUUAAGAUUUAAAAAUUAGAGAUGUACAUAGAAAUGUAUAUAUUGUCUCACACAUACUCUUGCCUGUAGCGUGUGAAACUCUUUUAAUUCCUUUGAAUUGUGAUUAAAGCUGAAUUUCGAAUGAAAGAUGUUUAAUGCUCUAAUCAGUGUUUAAUUUG